AGUUCAGCAACCCGGAAGUGACGCUACCGGUUGCACAUGGCCGCGUCCCGUAAGGAUGCCGCUCGUAGUGUUUUGCGGGCUGCCAUACAGCGGCAAGAGCCGGCGGGCGGAGGAGCUCCGUGGGGCGUUAGCGGCCGAGGGCCGCGCGGUGUACGUAGUGGAUGACGCGUUGGUGCUGGGUACGGAGGACGCGACGGUGUAUGGCGAUCCGGCCCGUGAGAAGGCGUUGCGCGGGGCCUUGCGAGCCGCAGUGGAGAGGCGCCUCAGUCGCCACGAUGUAGUCAUCCUCGACUCGCUUAACUACAUCAAGGGCUUCCGCUACGAGCUCUACUGCCUGGCGCGGGCGGCGCGCACUCCGCUCUGUCUGGUAUAUUGCGUACGGCCGGGCGGUCUGAGCGGGGGACCUCGGGUGGCUGAUGCGGUGGACCACCGAGGCCUGAACCUCAGUGUGAGUUGGAGGCCGCGCACUGAGGAAAGAGGGAGACCUCUGGCGGUGGGCACCCCUGUCCUCAGGGAACCACAAGCAGUGGACUCUGUAGCAAGCGGAAGAACCCAAGCAGUUGUACCUAAGGAACUGGAGCCGGAGGAAACCGGGGUGCCAGAUCUUCCAGCUCCUGUGACUUCAGAAUUUGAUACAUGUGAAAAGCGUAUGGUCAGUACCUUUUACUCUCCUGAACUUAUGGAGGCACUAACGCUGCGCUUUGAGGCUCCCGACUCUCGGAACCGCUGGGACCGGCCCCUGUUCACCUUGGUGGGCUUAGAGGAGCCAUUACCCCUGGCAGAGAUACGGGCUGCCUUGUUUGAGAACCAGGCUCCCCCACCGCAUCAGUCUACACAGUCCCAGCCCCUUGCCUCCGGCAGCUUUCUACACCAGUUGGAUCAGGUCACCAGCCAGGUGUUGGCAGGACUGAUGGAAGCUCAGAAGCGCGCGGUCCCUGGAGACUUGCUUAAGCUUCCUGGCACCACGGAGCACCUGCAGUUUACCCGGCCUUUGACCAUGGCAGAACUGAGUCGCCUCCGACGCCAGUUUAUUUCCUACACCAAAAUGCAUCCCAACAAUGAGAACCUGCCUCAGCUGGCCAACAUGUUUCUGCAGUAUCUGAGCCAGAGCCUGCACUAAACAGAGGAGGUGUGGGGGGAAAGCCCUGGCUCCUUGUCUAACCUCCACUGCUCUCUCUUUCUUGAUAACGUAAUUUGAAGGUCUACAGAUCAUGUUGAUGUGUCGUACUACAGCUGUUGUGACUGAUUUUACUCACAUUUUCCUCUGAGUGCCUCUGUUGUGACAGGCCUUGAGUUACAGCAUAAAUUGAGACUAGAGAAAAUGGAGAACUGGCUUGGAGGAUCUUGGCAAUUUUCUCCAGGACAGAGCUCAGGUGGACAGAAUUUGUUUAGAUUGGGUUCUACCUGUGGUGUCACACACCCAGGAUUUCCCCCAUCUGAAUUGUAGGAGAGCAGACUGGAUGGAUGAAUUUUUUU